UUGGAGCGAGAUAUUUCGAGACGUUGCCAUUUUGAAAUUACAUACUAUACCAUAACAAUGGAAGUAAAUGAAGGGAACCUACAGACUCUUGGGGGCUAUUUAGAAAAGACACUUAGUGUCGACUUUGCAGAAAGAAAAAAUGCUGAGAAGUUUCUAGAAUCAAUAGAAGGAAACCAAAACUAUCCAAUUCUGCUGCUACAUCUUAUUGACAAACCAGACUGUGCUGACCCCAUUAGAGUCAGUGCUUCAAUUAUGUUCAAGAAUUAUGUGAAGCGCAACUGGAGAGUGAUUGAAGAUUCUGGUGAUAAAAUACACGCAAAUGACAGAGUUGCAAUAAAACAGUUCAUUGUUGGACUUAUGCUGAAGAGUCCUGAACAUAUUCAGAAACAGUUUAGUGAUGCUAUAAGUAACAUUGGACGGGAGGAUUUUCCCGACAAGUGGCCAGAACUUCUUGGUGAAAUGGUGUCAAAGUUUCAAAGUGGAGACACUCAUGUUAUAAAUGGAGUCCUCAGAACAGCACACUCCAUAUUCAAGAGGUAUCGCCAUGAAUUCAAAUCUCAAAAAUUGUGGACGGAAAUCAAAUAUGUAUUAGAUAAUUUCGCUGCUCCGUUGACACAGUUGUUCAAUGAUACUAUGGAGCGAGCCAAUCAAAAUGCCAGUAACCUCGCAGCAUUGAAGAUUAUUUUCAGCUCCCUAGUUCUUAUUUGUAAGAUCUUCUACAGCCUUAACUUUCAGGACCUACCUGAAUAUUUUGAAGAUAACAUGGGAACAUGGAUGGGUCACUUCCACUCUUUGCUUCUAAUAGACAACAAACUAUUGCAAACACAUGAAGAUGAAGAAGCAGGUCUAUUGGAGCAGGUCAAGUCUCAAAUAUGUGACAAUGUAGGACUCUACGCCCAGAAAUAUGAUGAGGAAUUUUCAGCACACUUGCCAACUUUUGUAACUGAUAUAUGGAAUUUGCUAGUAUCAACUGGACAGCAAGUGAAAUAUGAUCUGCUUGUGACGAAUGCUAUUAACUUCCUGACAUCAGUGGCAGAGAGACCUGGCUAUAAGCACCUGUUUGACCCAAGCACAUUGAGUAGUAUCUGUGAGAAAGUUAUUGUGCCAAACAUGCAAUUCAGAGAGGCAGAUGAAGAAGGCUUUGAAGACAACCCAGAGGAAUACAUCAGGAGAGACAUUGAAGGCUCAGAUGUUGAUACACGGAGACGUGCUGCAUGUGAUUUGGUACGUGCAUUGAGUAAACAGUUUGAGGGUCCUGUCAUAGAGAAUUUCUCCCAAUAUGUGGAGUCUAACCUGGCAUUGUAUCAACAGAAUCCAGCUGCUAACUGGAAGCACAAAGAUGUUGCAGUGUACCUUGUUACCACACUUGCUGCCAAAGCACAGACUCAGAAGCAUGGUAUUACACAGACAAGUUCUCUAGUGAACCUCCAGGAUUUUUUCAACAGUCAAAUAGUCCCUGAUCUCCAAAAUGAAAAUGUUAAUGAGAGGCCAAUUCUCAAGGCAGAUGCCCUGAAGUAUGUGAUGACCUUCAGGAACCAACUUCCCAAUGAUAUCACAAUAGCUUGUAUUCCUUUGAUUAUAAAGCACUUAUUAGCUAAUAGUGUUGUACAGCACAGCUAUGCGGCACAUGGCUUAGAGCGCAUGUUCAUGUUGAAAAAUCCACAAGGGCAGCCAGCUGUGACGAGAGCACAUAUUCAACCACAUGUUGAGCAGCUGCUGACCAAUCUGUUUGCUGCCAUGUCCAAACCAGAGUCUCGAGAAAAUGAAUAUAUAAUGAAAGCUGUUAUGCGAACAAUCUCAUUGUUGGGAGAGGGAAUAUUGCCCUAUGUAGGCACCCUGGUGCCUCAACUUACUCAGACAAUAAUUGCUGUCAGCAAGAAUCCCAGCAAGCCACACUUCAACCACUACCUGUUUGAGUCUCUCUGUGUAUGUAUACGUAAUACUUGUAAGGCCAGUCCAGAGGCAGUCACAAGCUUUGAACAAAAUCUCUUCCCACCAUUCCAAGAAAUCCUCCAACAAGAUGUUCAAGAGUUCAUCCCUUAUGUGUUCCAAAUUUUGUCUUUGCUUCUUGAGAUGCACACUACCAGUAUCCCUGAUCCUUAUAUGGCUCUGUUCCCUUUUCUGUUGACUCCUGUGUUGUGGGAGAGACCUGGGAACAUACCUCCUCUGGUCCGUCUGUUGCAAGCAUAUGUUGAGAAGGGGCCUGGCCAGAUUGAAACAGAGCAAAUUGGUGGCCUUUUAGGAAUCUUUCAGAAGUUGAUAGCAUCAAAGAGUAAUGACCAUGAAGGCUUCUACCUGUUGAACAGUAUGCUACAGCAUAUGCCUGUGGAAGUAAUGGCUCAGUACUUAAAGCGCGUAUUUAUGCUGCUCUUCCAGAGGUUAACAAGUUCAAAAACAACAAAAUUUAUUAAAAGUCUCCUUGUAUUUUUCUGCCUGUAUAUUGCCAAGCAUGGCACUGGAUCUCUUGUGGAAAUGAUUGAUGCAAUUCAGCCAAAGAUGUUUGGUAUGGUGCUUGAUCGACUCUUCAUCUCUGAGGUACAGAAGGUGUCUGGUCAUACAGAACGUAAAAUAUGUGCGGUUGGGAUGACAAAUAUUCUGACCGAAACCCCAGCUUUAAUGACAGGAGACUACCAGAAUUUAUGGACCCCUCUCCUCCAGGCUCUCAUUGGGCUUUUUGAACUUCCAGAAGAUGAAUCUAUACCUGAUGAUGAGCAUUUCAUUGAAAUCGAGGAAACGCCAGGAUACCAGACUGCAUAUUCUCAGCUGAUGUUUGCUGGCAAAAAGGACACUGACCCAUUCUCUACAAUACCCAAUGCUAAAAUAUACCUAGCAAACAAACUACACCAGCUCUCCACAGCAAAUCCAGGAAAAAUUCCUGCUCUUAUAUCUGCAAGACUGGAGCCCAAUGCAUCAACGUUUCUACAAAAAUAUCUUCAAGCAGCCAAUGUGACAUUAUCCUAGCACUCAUGAAAUGGACACUUAUAUCAGUGGUUGCACUCAAAGAAGGUAGUUGGCAGUAAAAGACAUCCGUUACACUGAAAGAGAGUGGUUACACUGAUAUACUAAAAUCAGUGGUUGCACUCAAAGUCAGUGGUUGCAAUCAAUUAGUGGUUGCACUCAAAAUCAGUGAUUGCACUUUGUCGGCGUCUAGUGAAACCGGACUGAGAUUGAUAUUCAACUGACAGUUAUAACAGCUCUUGUAAAUACUGAUACAAAAAAGUGCAACAACAUGAUCAGCUUGUUUUUAGAUGAUUAAGCGGUUCUCAAAUGUUUUGUCAAAACUUUCUGAAGGUAAACUCAACAACCACGAUUUGUUCAUUGAUGUCAUAUUGUUCAUACAAAACCUAUUUAUUUUCUGCAUGACAACUUAAAAUUUCUUCAAGAAUAUUAGCAGUAGGAAACUGGUAUUUUUACCAAUUAGUAAAAAGAAAUAUCGAGUGUUUGUAGUGAUGCUUGUACAAUAAAUGCUGUUUUUGCAUUAUCAAUGAUUGCCAAAAUGUUUUGCCAAAAAUUGUGACUAUGAAAACAUAAAAUGUUUUGUAGGAAAUACAGCUACAUAUACUAUUAAUUUUUUAAAAAAUCGAUUUUUGUUUCUUCAUAUUGUUAC